UUACCCUUUCCCUUGAGAAAUCUUUCUAUCUUCCCCAUCUCUCCAUCAUCAGUGUCUUUCGCAGAAAUCAUCAGCUCCAAUGGCCACUCUCAAUCUCUCUCUCUUCUCCAAAACCCUAAAAACCCAAUACAGCACCUACCUUAACCCCACCACCACUCUGCUCCUCACCCACUCUGGCCCAUUUCGCUCCUGGGCUGGCCCGCACUCGAACCCUACCCUGUCUCGCACUCGAACCCGGGCUGCCCUCGAUGGAGACUACUCUUCCAAGAGAAGCAGUAGCAACGACCCCAGAGAAACCCUAAUGUUACCGGGCUGUGACUACAAUCACUGGCUCAUUGUCAUGGAGUUCCCCAAAGACCCUGCACCUACGAGAGAGCAAAUGAUUGAGACCUACCUCACUACUCUUGCCACUGUCCUCGGAAGCAUGGAAGAAGCAAAGAAAAGUAUGUAUGCUUUUAGUACCACCACGUACACUGGAUUCCAGUGCACUGUAUCAGAAGAGACAUCUGAGAAAUUCAAAGGAUUGCCAGGAGUUUUGUGGGUACUACCAGAUUCCUACAUAGAUGUUAAAAACAAGGACUAUGGAGGAGAUAAGUACAUCAAUGGCGAGAUAAUUCCUUGCAAGUACCCUACUUAUCAACCAAAGCAAUCUAACCGAUCAAAAUAUGAGAGUAAAAGGUAUGUGAGACAGAGAGAUGGUCGCCCUGCUGAGCGAAGAAGACCAACACAAGAGGCAACUUCAUCAGAAUCUACCUCUGGAUGAGGUGAAUGUUUAUCGUGUUAAUAUGAUGUGAUGCUAAGAAGCAUGAACACGGAUACGGACACAGACACAGACACGUGAUACGACAUGAAUACGAUACAGACACGUCGAUACGCCAAUUUUCAAAAAAUGCACGACACGACACGACACGACACGUGGGGGACACGCAUAAAAUAUAUAAUUCUAUAUAUUUAUUAUAUGUUAUAUAUAUAUAUAAAUAUAUCAUUCAAAAAUAAUGAAAAAUGAAAUAUGGCACAAAUUCCUAUAAAUUUAUAUGAUUUUUGUUUCAUUAUUAUUUUAAGUUGUUUUGUUCAAACUUAUAAUUAGUUUCACCCGUGUCUAAUUGAUAGACACAUGUGUUUAAGCGAUAAACACGUAUGUCCUCUAGGUGUCCAAAGAGUGUCUGGUUGUGAUAACCCUGUCCUAUGUUAUGUUAAUUAAUCUUAAUUAUGAUCGAGAUUAUGUGUUUAA